AUGCAGUACUGCGGUCUGGCGGACCCGCAAGAGGUGUGCGGUCCUGCUUUCUUCCGGAAUCCCGACCUGUCGAACGACAUCCCGGUUGACUGGGGUCAGUACCUGCGGAACGUGACGGGAAUGUAUCCUUCGCCGAACGGAAGCACGGUGACGUUGGAGUUUGCUUCCGCAGCGCCAUCCAGAAAAGCGGACCCUGAUGUGGAUUCCACUGAGGCUGAUUCCGCCUCGACUGAGACGGAUCCCGGCUCGGACGACCAGGACCCAGGAGGCGACUCGGGAGGUGGGUUCCGUGCUGAGCUGUCGAGUGCGUUGAGUAUGGUGGACCCAGCAAGCGGUGCGAACGUGCUGGAGACGAUUGGACGACGUGGGUACGUGUUGAAUACGGCCCGGCAAUAUGAGCGAGUGUUGACAGCGACGGUGUCUGGAUCAUCGACUUGGUUCGGUGAGACUGCGUUUGUGUGUGUCCUGAGUUCAGUGGUCAUACGCGGUGUUGAUUACCGACUCGAGUGUGUGCACGGGUCGAUAGCAGCAGAUGCGAACACACAGGCGGCGGUGGAUCGUUGGUGUCGUGCGAGUGUGGCUGGAGUCGCGUUUGAUACGGUGUUGGGAGGUUAUUGUGGCGUGCAUUCGGACAGCGUGUUUCUCGCGUUCAAAGAUGAGAAGGGUGAGACUCAAUUUUUGGCCUACCCAUCCAUGACGUCGGAUGCCAUGGUCGACCCAGCAUUGGGGAGCGAGAUGGCUUCCCUUGUGGCCGUAGAUGGCGUCCGCGAUGGUGCAGGCAAUGGCCAAGCCAUGGCCGUCCAGAUAUCGCAAAGUUUGUUUCUCUUCGGCGACGCCGCCGCCGGCGGCGCCACAGAUGAAGGUGAGCACGUUGUGCGCAAUGCCCUGAAUCCCGUUGCCGGUUCCAACUCCAUCAGUGCACGAACUUCCGCGCGCGCUCCACUCUUCUUCGGUGACAUCGGACUAGGAAUAGGCCCCGGCGCCGCUUGGCUCGUUAACGACAUUUUUAGCGCACCCUGGUCACCCUGCUACGUCGCCGUCGACUUGCAGACUCAUCAACUCGUCAGCUGGGGUGCCGCCGAGGUUUGUUCGCCUUACGCCGAGUCAAGCGAGGCCGCAGUCGGCCUCGCUUCUAUCCAGACGGCCAUCACGAGUGCAGCCGCCGCAGAGGAGACAGAGACUGCGGCCACGGUGGCACGCGUCGUCCUGGGCGGCGACGUCUUCGCCGCCGUACUCAGCAACGGCCAGGGCUUCUCGUGGGGCGCCAUCACCAGUGGCGCCGCGGGCCCUCUGGGUACCAUAAAGGCGAAUGCCGACGGCGCCUUCCAGAUAGCUGCCACCGGGGGCGCCGUAGCCUUCACUAGCGCCGACGGACUCACACAGGCCGCCGGCCAGGCCGCUUUCGGCGGCGAAGUUGCUGACAGUACCAUCGCCGCACGCCUCGCCAACGCCGUCGUCGACCUAUACAGCGCACCCGCCUUCUUCUUGGCACGCACCUAUGACGACGAACUCGUCGUCUGGAACGGCGAUUACCAGGGCGUAUAUGGCGCCAAGUCCACUCUCGUCUCGCGCAGAUACGACUACCCCUUCCUACAUCCACUCGGCACCGAUACACAAAUACUCGCACUCAUGCAAAGACCCUGCGCCUACUCAGACUGGCUACCCGGAGACUGUCUCGACAAUCUUGAAACCGACUCACGCACUGUCGACGUACCACCUAUCAACGCUAUCUGCACCCAACCUCUCGAACGGGAGACAUCUUGCGGAAGCUCCUCCACCGAAAGCUCCUCCACGACGCAAGCUCCCGAACACUACUGGACCACCAAAUACCUCGUUGGAACCGUCGUCGGCGCCACACUCCUAGCCCUCGUCGUUGGACUCCUCUAUAUUCUCUGGGCCGGCAAACAAACACGUACCUACGACGACGACGACCACCUCUGA